UUAAUCCGUAGAAGAAGCAGUAAUAUUAGCCGUAGAAGAAGAAGCACGGCGGGGCUCGUGGUGUUAAAGCUUCGCGGGAAAACGUCCCAACACGCACAGCUCUGAUGGCCUCACGCGCAGCUUCACCUGACCUGUAGCACCGCUCACCUGUCGGACCCUCACCUGGCCGCUCUGCGCACGCGCUGCCCAGACACUUAUCAGACUGCACGCGCCGUACCGUCAGCUAGCCGCUACGCAGCUCCAGGGUAACGAGGCGCUAAUCGGUUAGCUUAGCAACCGAACCUGCGCUGCCCGGUUUUACCGGAGAAUCCCGCCGCUCUGAGGACCCGGAGACCCGGACAGAGAUGGCGGAGAGACCCGAAGACCUGAACCUGCCCAACGCCGUCAUCACCCGGAUCAUCAAGGAGGCGCUUCCAGACGGGGUGAACGUGUCCAAGGAGGCCAGGAGAGCGAUCUCUCAGGCUGCCAGUGUGUUCGUUCUUUAUGCCACUUCCUGUGCCAAUAACUUCGCCAUGAAGGCCAAAAGGAAAACCCUGAAUGCCGGAGACGUGAUGGCAGCGAUGGAGGAGAUGGAGUUCGAACGAUUCCUGGAGCCUCUGAGAGAAGCUUUAGAAGUUUAUAAAAAGGGCCAGAAGGGGAAGAAAGAAGUUUCAGAGCAGAAACGCAAAGACAAAGAGAAGAAAGUCGACUCUGAGAGCCGGGAGGAGGAGGAGGAGGAGGAGGAAGAGGAGGAGCGCAUGGAGGAGGAGGCCGAAGGUGAAGCCGAGGAGGAGGAGGUGGAGAACUGAGGAAGAUCCAGGGCCGUGGUGCGUUCAGGCGUCACUCGGUCAUCACGGCGCUGAUCAUCAGAACCAGUGAGGAGGAGGAGGUCGUCUUCCAGCUCAAAGCACAGCGACGUCCAAACGCAUCAUCGCCAUCCAGACGUCCGUCUUUCAUUUACAUAAAAACUCUGUUCGGUUCCAUGUUGACAGAAAACUACAACGAUUUUCACCAUCAAGUCAGAAAAAUAGUAAGUUUCAGUUUGAAGCUUCCAGAUGUGACGUAAACUGAAGGUAGUUUGGAUCCUGAGCCAAAAUAAGUUGUUCUCAAAGAAAUUCAAGUUUUUUUCGACCAAACGAUAAACUGAUGAACAGUGAAAAUCAUCUGCAUUUACCCAGAAUGCAAAGCGUCAGUAAACAGCAGAGUUAGAACAGCAAAGUAAAAUGGAAUCAAUUUUCUGUAUUUCUGAACAAUAAAAGUGAACAUUUACAGAUUUAAAACUGAAUUUCAAUCUGGAGCUUCUUCAGUAAAAAGCAGAAAACCAACAUUUUGAGGUUUUGGUAGAAAAUUCCACAUCUGGAGCUUCUUCCUCCAGACAGACGUAGAUCUGAGCUGUUAAUGAGCUCUUCAUCCCUAGUGAAAGUAGCUGCACUAGUCGAUCAGUUUGUUCCUUUUUCUGAUGCGUUUUUCAACCAUUUGUACUUUUGUAGACUUGUAUAUGACUGGCCAAGAUUUUCAAUAAAUAUUUUGUAUUAAACCAAAA